AUGGUCACGCAUGCACGAUACUUCAACAGAAAGCUUGCAAGAGUGCAGAGCGCAGAAGAAGCCCAAACAAAGAGAGAGAGCACCCACAGAGACACAAGAGACAGAGAGAGCACUGAGUGUCCUGUUCUCUUGGAGCUCAACUGCGACCGAUGGAUAAAGACAACUUCUCAGAGAACGCAGAUCAUAUACAGGGCAGAUGCUUCCAUUAUAGUGUACCACAUGGCGCUCCUGCACACAGCAAGAGUAAUUGAGUCUGGCACAGGAACUCUUGGCCUUACCUACGUGCUAAGCAAGUAUCUAAGGGCUGGGACAGUUGAUACCGUAGAGUGCAAUGCAGAUAGAUACACAGCAGCAAAGAAGGAGAUAGAGAAAGUUGGCCUAAAUAACGUAAGAAUACACUGCAGUAGGGUACUAGAGUAUCUUCAGAGCGUAGUGGAGAGUAAAGAGAGAGCGGAUGGGCUUGUCCUUGAUGUCCCAGAGCCUGACGAAGUGCUGCAGACAGCAGAAGAUGCACUGCGCCCAGGAAGUGCAGUGUGCUGUUUUGUGCCGUGCAUAGAACAGGUGCAGAGAGUGCUGAAAAAGGCCGAAGAGUUGCCCAGGCUGAAAGUAGAGAAGUUGCUGGAGAACAUUGAGAUAGCGCACAAGCCAGCUCUCAUAUCAACAGAGCCCGCAAGAGAGUACGGAACAACACAGGAUACGCAGAUCAGAGGGCACACAGGGUAUAUCAUUCUGAUGCGAACACUCCCAUAG